AUGGCAGACGUGGGCUAUCAAUCAAACCUGGGCAUUAUGCGCCACUUCCUGGAUGAAUUCCGUUCGGUACUCCGGCAGGAGACUCCAGGCCGCAUCCCACGCCUGGCACUCAACUACAAUCGCGCCUCCUUGAGCCUGCUCUGCCAGUAUCCCAACAAGAAGUUGGCCCAGUUGGCUCUAUACCGAGGGAUUAACUGGUUCAUCAUGUGCAAUGUGAUGCUGGCCUUUUGGACCAUGGUCCUGGCUCUGCCCGAGUCCAAGAAUGUGAUUGAUUUGGGCGACGAUCUGGUGUGGCUAUCGGGGAUGGGCCUUGUCUUCACCAAGAUCUUUUAUAUGCAUCUUCGUUGCAAUGACAUCGAUGAGAUCAUCUGGGACUUUGACUACUACAAUAGGGAACUAAGACCAUAUCACAUGGAUGAGGAGGUUCUGGGCUGGCAGCGGCUCUGUUACCUGGCCGAAACGGGCCUGUAUAUCAAUUGCUUCUUUCUGGUGAAUUUCUUCAGUGCCGCUGUUUUCCUGCAACCGCUGAUCAGUAAGGGAAAGCUACCCUUUCAUGUCAUUUGGCCCUUUCAAUGGCAUCGCGCCGAUCUGCAUCCCAAGAUGUUCUGGAUUCUGUAUAUUUGGCUGAGUUGCACUUCGCAGCACAACCUCAUGAGCAUCCUGCACGUGGACAUGGUGGGCAUAACCACAUUCCUCCAGACGGCCCUCAAUCUCAAGCUGCUCUGCAUCGAGAUCCGUCGCCUGGGUGAGAUGAGAAAGGUCAGCGAUGCCCGUUUCCAUGAGGAGUUCUGUCGCGUGGUGAGGUUCCAUCAGCACAUCAUCAGCCUUGUAAAGCGAGCCAAUAGGGCCUUCAAUGGCACCUUUAUUGCCCAAAUGAUAGCCAGCUUCUCCUUGAUCUCUAUAUCCACCUUUGAGACCAUAGCAGCUGCCUCGGUGGAUCCCAAAAUGGCAGCCAAGUUUGUGCUCCUGGCCAUGGUGGCCUUUAUACAAUUGUCCACCUGGUGCAUCUCUGGAACUUUGGUUUAUACUCAGUCCCUGGAGGUGGCUCAGGCCGCCUUUGAGAUCAAGGAUUGGCACACCAAGCCACCUGAAAUCCAAAGGGACAUCUCCUUUGUGAUUCUGCGUGCCCAGAAGCCUCUCAUGUAUGUGGCCGAGCCCUUUGUGCCCUUUACCCUAGGAACCUACAUGAUUGUCCUUAAGCAAUGCUAUCGCCUGCUGGCCCUGCUGCGAGAAUCCAUGUAG